AUCUAUCCUGUUUGGUGUGCUGUAAAACCUGAGACACGAGGUGGGGAAAUUUGGUGGGAAGCAAUUUGGAAGUCAUUGUCAUGAGUCAUGGCCUGAAUAUUUUUAUCCAAUAAUGCUAACAAGGAAUUUGGCACCAACUGUUUUAGCUGAGCAGCUGAGCUUAAUCUUAAGGCCAUAGCCAAUGAUCUGCUUUGCCACAGCUUCAUUGACCUAACAUCCCUAUUUAAAACUUCAUCCACCACUUCCCAACUAAUGGCCAUUGACAUGACAUGUACUCCAUGAUUAGUAGUAGUUCUAUGGUUUCACGUCUCCAUAUCAGCCAUGGCUGCCUUAAGGUUCUACCCAUCUACUGCAAUCGUCGUUCCAAGGAAGAAUUGCUCAAGGAUUCUGACAAGAUCUUCCAUGGAUAGCUGCUCAAGAUCCGAAUCCAAGCAAGCUUCCAGUUCUUCCAGCUUCACCUGCAAGGUGAACAACGUUUAUGAAGAAAAAAGCAUGGGCAUCCUCUGUUACACUGAUGAGAAGGGUGAAUUUGUGUGUGAGGGUUUGGACGAAGGCCCAAGACUCACCUGGCAAGAUAUGCAGAAUUUGACCAAAGAGAGUGUCUUGCUGUUCUGGCCAGAAGAUUAAAGAAGACAGAAGAUUGGCGGGAGAGGACGCUGCAGAUCGCGGGCGGGAUCGACUGGAGCAAUCUCCAGACUGCUGCUAGCAUUGUGAAGAAGUGAAAAUGGCUUAAACGCGUAGAUUAAUUUCGUGGUGAUCUUUCAAGUCUUUGUAGAAGCAUGGUGUGUCGAUUGUAUGCGUAAAUCUCCUAUCCAUGGAUGCUGCUUGCUAUGUAAUACCUUGUCCAAAAAUAAAUGUCUUAACUUUUUCUAGAUACGGAUGUAUCUAUAACAAAGAUGCAUCAUUUUUAUAAAAACUUAUUUUUGA